UGUUGUCCAGCCUGGAACACACACACGCAGCACACUCCUUCUCCACACAAUGCGCGCUGUGUUUGUUUUGGUUGUUCUGUUUUCCCAGAGUGCACCCCCAAUACACACAGCUCCAAGCACACCGCUUCGCUUCACCGCCCCCCCCCUCCCCAACGCACACGCUUUCACCCAGCAGCCGCGUACCGCGCAUUGCGUACCACACUCGGCAUGGCGCUGUCUCCUGAGCACCUUCCUGCAUGGUAUCACGGCGUGCUUUCGCGCACGGACGCAGCAAAGCUGCUGCUUGAGAAUGGAGGAGAAGCAGGCCUGUUCCUGGUGCGCGCAGCAUCCUCUGGCAACGGCUUUGUGCUCUCCAUGUGCCACGCGCCACAGGCCGUGUCGCACUACCAGAUCCGCAGUCAGCGGCUGCAGGGCGUGGACUACCUCACAUUCGACACAGACACGGGCGUCGCGCCGCAGUUCAGGUCCCUCUCCUCCGUCAUCCAGCACCUGUACUCCAACCCGGCCCACUUGCCUGUGGAGCUGAGCGGGUGGGUGGCGCGCGAGGAAGCGCCUCCGCCUCCCAUCCCACCAUCGCAUGCCACCGCCGCCACCAGCACGGCAACCACAGCAGCCAUAACCACCACCUCCAGUGGGCCUGCCAGCACUGCCACCUUCUUCAGCAACAGCACGGAUACUGUUCGUGGCGACGGCAGCGGGGAUGGCGACACGAAGAACACGGAGGAGAUCAAGAAGAGCGUGAGGGAGAUUGAAACCCCAGAUGGCUUCGACAUGUACAGCAGCACCGAUGCCUCGUCCCGCACAGGCACACUGUCAAAGAUUGAGCAGGAGCACGCGAUGCAAGUUGGCGGAUCCUUGCUGUCGAUGGUGAAGGACACCAUUACGUCGUCUGCGCAGGUGAAGGAAGAGGACCUGAACAAUGAGAAGCUGUACGAGACCGCCCAGCGCUUCUCCUCCCACUUUGAAUCCGCGCCAGACCUCAAGGUGUACUCCGUUCCCGGCGCCGAUGCUGGUGUCCAGGCACUGGAUGCAACGUCAAACAAGGCCACAAACCUCAAGGUUGGGGACCAGCUGCGCCUCAUUGGCGUGGAGGAGGAGGGCGAUGGCGUGGUGAUCAUGUGUCAGGAUGCAUCCGGCAGGAAGAUCAAGUUCCCGUCCACCAGCCAGAUCAGAGUGUUGCCGUCUGCAUUUGCGAGCGCAAAGAACAGCCCGUCCAGCUCUGGCAUGAACUCCUUGGCCGGUCUUCAGCGGCGCUACUUCCGUCUUGUGCUGUCGCUGAAUCGGAGCCUGAAUGGCGGCCCGAUCUUCCUCGAAUACUACAACCGCCACACGUCAAAGAAACCAAAGGGUGUCAUUGACCUCGACCCGAUUGUCAGCGUGCACGCCCCAACAGAGGCGGAUUUGCGGGUGGUCAAGGGAUACCGCAGCGUUCUCCAGGCCGGGCUGUUUGAGCUUGACAUGCCGCGUCGCACGUACCGCAUCCUCGGCAGCAGCGCCUCUGAGGCCCAGGACUGGAUGGACAUCAUUCGCGACGUCACAGGUCUGACGGAGGGUGAGAGCGAUGCAUCGCCGAGCAAGUUCAACGAUCGCGAGCGCCGGCGUGAGUUUGACUGCGUUCUGUUGAGCAAAACCCUCCGCAACCCAGACGCCCUCAUCCGCUUCCAGGACAACUGCUUGCAGCUCGUCUGCCCACAGACCAAGAUUGCACUGCAUGAGUGGCGCUACACCCACCUCAAGAGCUUUGGCUACCUGCGCAACGUUGCGUGGUUUGAGGCUGGGCCCGCCUGUCCUACGGGGUCUGGUAUGCUCUGCGUGUCCACCCCAGACGCGCACAUGCUCUUUGAGACGUUCAACUAUCUUGCGCCGCGAUCCGUUGGCGGAAAUGUCAAGCGCCGCUCAAGCAGGCGACACGACAUGAGCUGGGCGUCGAUGCGAACAGAGCGCAGUGAGGAUGCAUAUGAGGUGAUACCCGAGGAUGUCAUCUCGGAGGAACCAGCAACAGCACAGCAGCGCCAAAACCCCAAACCACAGACUGUGUUUGGCAAAACCCUUCCAGCAGAGGAUCUGGAGCCUGUUGCUGUUGCCGUGCCACUGCGUGAGCACUUGGCCGAAGAUCCAAAGGAGUUGUCCUUCCUGCCGGGCGAGACAAUGCGCGUGCUUGCAAGCAAGGCUUUUGUUGACGAGGGGUACUUGCUUGGCCAGAAAGCGCGACAGACCCAGCUUGGUCUCAUUCCAAUUGCAUGUGUGGAAGUGCACGAGCAUGAGUUUGGAUACAUGCGCGACGCUGAUGACGACGACAAGUCCGUGGACUCGCUGCUUGACGAGGCAAACGUGGAUGACUUUGAAUACCCGACCGGUUUUGGUGUUUACGGUGGAAAGUUUGAGGCAGACGGCACCUUUGAGGCACGGCAUGCGCCUGAAGAUGUCCCUGGUUUCCCGACAGCAGAAUCCGCUGAAGGAACGUACGAAGUACCGCGUCCCCCUCGCUUCACGUUGCCUGCAGACCCUCGUCGCACAUAUGCCAACGAAAGGCACUGAUGAUGAUACAGAUGCGCGGCGUUGUGACGCUACAUUUCAUCCCUCUUCAGCUGGCACAUGGUUGUGGCUUUGGUUACAGCAUGUGUAUGUGUGUGUGCAUUUCUCCAUGUGCAUGUGUGUCUCGUGAGCCAUAGUUCAUGCGUUUACAUCAACGGCCAUUGGCUGCGUCUCAUUGACAUCUGUGCCAACAUUACACGCACACAGAUAUGUUUCCGCUCGUUUUCACCAUGUGCGUUCCGCUGCAGCCUUUUUCAGCGAUUGCUGUAUGUUAGCCUCUCUUCCACCGUGGUGCACGUGUACCUGCUGCAUUGUUCGUAAGCUUAGCUCCGGCGCUUGUGUUGUGCUUUAACUGCAUUUGUUCCCGCCCGCACCCACUCUGCAGCAACUUGCUUGUUGGGAUUCAACAUUGUUGAAAAAAAAAACAUAGAGAACGCGUUGGGCUG